AUUUCCACUUCACCAUAGCUCGUUCUUUCGCUGGUUGCCGACUCUCGGAUGGCGGAGUCGAGGGGAGAAUCUAGCAACUGUGCGAUCAAGCCGUCAGCGUCGAUGGCGGCAAGCAGAGAGUUACUCACCGUCGGCGGCGAUUCCUUGCCUUUCUUGGAGCGUCUCUUGAAGCAACCAUGCAGAACGAACCAGCGCGCGCAGAAGCCGCCGCAGAAUCCGCCAGGCGCGGGGCAAGCACCGCCAUCGAUGUUCACGACGCCCGUUGCGGAGAGCUCAGGUUCGUUGCGGCGCGAACAUGAAGGGUUUGCCAAGGUUCGGGGUUCAGGCUUAUACAUAAUACAGGAUGCAAAUGUGAUACGGAUAUGCAAUUCGGGUACAAAUGCAAUGCACCACGCUACCUGCCAGGCUGCUCAGUUCCGCUUGAUAGAAACCUGGUGACUCUUUGGGUGCAUAUUGAAGAGGCUUAUAAAGGGUUCAAAUGCAAGUCUCCACGCCACCUACGAGGCUGGCUGCUCUGUGCCGCUUAAGGGAAACCUGGUGACAUGCCAGGCUUACAAAGGGUACAAAUACAUUACACCACGCCACCUACCGUCCUGCUCCGUGUUGCCUAACAGCGACCUGUAAGCUGCUGGGGAGAGGGUUAUCAAGUGUUCCGAGGUUAAAGAGUACCCGGAUCAGCACAUGUGUAGAUAUUGCAUGCCUAUCCGAAUCCCCGCCAAGCUUCUUGCUAAACUAUCCUCUAAGUCCUUUCUCUCCUUCCCCUUUCCAUUGUGCUGGUGUGCUGACCUACUGCUGCUAGCCUCGUCCCUGCCAUUUCUGCUCUAGAGGACAUCACUCGAAGCAACAAGGCGGCACUGAAGCUGAAGCAGGAGGACCAGUCACGGGUCUCACAGGCGAACAGUCACGUGAGGAGUCAGGGUGCUCGGAGAUUAGAAUUGUCGGUCAAUUCGCGGAUCAUGGCGGAAGCGAAGUCUCAGGCCCAGGGGUACCGUACCGAAGCGUCCCACCUGAGGGGCGUGCUGGCAGCGGUGUUGGGCGAGUUUCACGAUGCCGACACCAUGGACGCCGCUGUUGAAAUGGCGCAGCUCUGUCAGCUUCUCGCUGUCUCCGACCCGCAUUCUAUCCCCAGCGCUGUGACCCACCUAUCAACGCGUGCGUGGCACUGCCAGCAGCUGCUGCGGCAGAUGAAACAGACCCAGGCGGGCUUGCAGGCGAGAGCGGACGAGGUGGCUGCUCUUGCUGAGUGCGUUGAGAGCUGGAAGGCGCAGCUGCCAUCGGACGAUGACAUCAGCAGGGCCACGGAUGAUGUGGCAGACAGGACGAGGAGAAUGGCGCAGGAGGAGCAGCAGCUGAGCCUGCAGCGGUCCGCGGCUCAGGGCUCUCUCGAGGCGGCAAGCUACAGUGCUGAUGUGGACAUGGCCGCCCUGCUACAGCUGGCAGAGGAGGUGCAGGGGGAGGAGGAGGCGGUGGGGCGGCUGCAGCAGGAUCUCGCCAUAUACUCUGACUUGCCCACGGACAUCACCCUGGCUCACAAACACCUGGCGAGGGAGAGGGAGAGGCUGCGAGCGCUGUCAAAGAAGCUGCAGGCGUGGAGCAUGGGGGAGCUGGAGGAGGGUGAGGGGCAGGAGGGGUAUGUGCCUCCGUCUCCCGGGGAGGAAGAGACGGAGUCAGGUCAGUUCAGAAGCCACCUGGCGAGGGAAAGGCAGAGGCUGCGAUUUCUGUUGAGGAAGCUGCAGAUGUGGAGCCUGGGGCAGCUGGAGGAGGGCGUGAGGGGCGUGAGGGGCAUUGUGGAGAUGGGAGCCACCUGGCGAGGGAGAGGUAGAGGCUGUGAGGCUGUCGAAGAAGCAUGGGGGGGAUAGAGGAGAGCCCGGGGUACGGGCCCAGGUCCCCAGGGGAGUGGGCCACGGGCAAGCUGGAGGACCCGAGCUGCCGAGACCUGGGGUCUAGGAGUGCAAGAGUUGGGCACAUGGUGAGGGGCCUAGCGAAGCUGCAGCGUGGAGCAUGGGGGGGCCGUGGGAGGGGCAGGGGCUCGCACUGAGGAGAAGGGGGGCUCGUAUGGCUGUCCUGUCCUGGGUUCUAGGUCUACCGGAGCCUGUUCAAAGGGUGCCUGGUCGGGUGUUGAGGGGGGGCGGGGAGAGGGGGAGAAGAACUGUGUGCAUGGGCGAGCUUGAGUUAGCUGAGGGCACGUGCUGCUGCUGUUUUCAAGGACCAGAAAACCUAGAAACGCAUGCCAUUAUCGGUAGGUUUCGACUCCAAUGAAUGAAUCGAGGUGCAGGCAAGAGUACAGUGUACACUUCAUCCAUAGCAUGUCAGUCAGGGUGUGUCCAGCGCGUGCGUCUUUUUGUCAAAACCCUACCCAACCAUUUUAGAUUUGUUAUCGAUCUUUCUGACCAGUGAGGCACCUCACCUCACCCUACCGCAAUCAAACGUACCGGUAUGUGCCAGACACACCCUCAGAGUUCGUUCUAGAUAUGCUGCUGUGUGUUUCCACAUAACCCAAC